GAUUGGAGCAGUAAUUGCAAUGGGCUCUGCAGACAGAGAUGGUCGUCUACAUCCUGGUGACGAGUUGGUGUAUGUAGAUGGGAUCCCAGUGGCUGGCAAAACCCACCGAUAUGUGAUUGAUCUCAUGCAUAAUGCAGCCCGAAAUGGGCAAGUGAAUCUUACUGUGAGAAGAAAGGUGCUAUCUAUAGGAGACCCUUGCCCAGAAAAUGGCAGAAGCCCAGGUUCAGUUUCUACACACCACAGUUCUCCUAGAAGUGACUAUGCUGCUUAUGCUAACAGUAAUCAUGCUGCAUCCAGUAGUAAUGCUACACCGCCAGAGGGCUUUGCUUCACACAGCUUACAAACCAGUGACAUUGUCAUCCACCGGAAAGAAAACGAAGGGUUUGGCUUCGUUAUCAUCAGCUCUUUGAACAGACCUGAAUCCGGAUCUACAAUAACUGUACCCCAUAAAAUAGGGAGGAUAAUUGAUGGAAGUCCUGCUGAUCGCUGUACGAAACUAAAAGUCGGAGACCGGAUCUUAGCUGUGAAUGGCCAGUCUAUCAUUAACAUCCCUCAUGCAGAUAUUGUGAAGCUAAUUAAAGAUGCAGGUCUUAGUGUAACACUUCGCAUCAUUCCUCAGGAGGCUUCCCAUUAUGCAGAGCUGAACAGUCCAGCUUCAGCACCAAGCUCAGAGAAACAGAGCCCCAUGGCACAGCAACACAGCCCGAUGGCUCAGCAGAGUCCAGUAGCACAGCAGAGCCCUGUAGCACACCACAGUCCCGUAGCACAGCCACCACCUCCACAACCUCUGCAGUUACAAGGGCAUGAAAACAGUUAUAGGUCAGAAGUAAAAGCAAGACAGGAUGUGAAACCUGACAUCCGACAACCUCCAUUUACUGACUACAGGCAGCCUUCAGCGGACUAUAGACAGCCUCCGUUAGACUACAGGCAUCCUCCAGUAGCGGAUUACCAACAGCCACCACCUCUGGACUACAGGCAGCCACCUUUAAUAGAUUACAGACAACAUUCUCCUGACACCAGGCAAUAUCCUCUGUCAGAUUAUAGGCAGCCCCAGGAUUUUGAUUAUUUCACUGUUGACAUGGAGAAGGGAGCCAAAGGGUUUGGAUUUAGUAUUCGAGGAGGAAGGGAAUAUAAAAUGGAUUUGUAUGUGCUGAGAUUAGCAGAAGAUGGGCCAGCGAUAAGAAAUGGAAGGAUGAGGGUGGGGGAUCAAAUAAUUGAAAUCAAUGGGGAAAGUACAAGGGACAUGACACAUGCCAGAGCAAUAGAGCUAAUCAAGUCUGGUGGCAGAAGAGUGCGGCUCUUGUUAAAGCGCGGAACAGGCCAGGUUCCGGAAUAUGACGAACCAAACUCCUGGAGUUCUCUCUCUGCCACCUCCCCAGGUCUGCCGGAAAUAGCUAUUUCCCUCGAUGACAUAAUCUCACCAUUAUCUUCAUCACAUCUAGCCCCACUCUCUGACCCUUCUCACCAGAUAAACCCAGAACCAAGAUGGGAUAUCAAGAGGGAACAUGAUGUAAGAAAACCAAAGGAGCUUUCGGCAAAUGGCCACAAAAAGAAAAGGUUAGGAGAGCAAAGAGAAAGGUCAGCAAGCCCUAAAAAGGUAGAAAGGACAAGGCAUGAAGAGGCUUCUAGGAAAGGAUACUCAGAAGGCAAAAAAAAGACCACUGAUGGUGGCAGGCCCACCUCCGAAAGUAGGGCAGUGGGACAGAGUGUUACGAUCGAGGCUGGAGAAAGAGAGCAUAUAUGUACCGGAAUCAAUGAUGAACAUCUUGGGAGAUCCAAGAAGCCAGAAGGCAAGAAAGAUGGAUCUCUCAGUAUGAAAGAAGGUCACAGAUCUGGAAAUACCACGGACAGGAAUUCAGCUGCAGCUUCUGAACAUGUCAAGCUUGAUUUAGUUGGUGCUACAAAGACGUACAGUAGCAAUAGCUGCAGCUCACAUGGAAGUGAUAUGGACCAGAACAAGAGGGAUCCUGAUGGGAAACCCAGUGAGUUCCCCAGGAAGGGACAUCUCCAUUCCAUUAACACGCACAGCAUCAACAAUACAGUUCGGAAGGCAACUGUCUCACCAGGCCCAUGGAAAAUUCCUGGCUCGGAUAAGCUACCUAGUGUACUAAAGUCUGGCACUUCUGCCAUGAGCAGAUAAAUAAAUGAACUGUUGCCCUCUAACUGUUUCACACUGAUGCAGAAACAUACUUCUUAGCUUCUGUCUCACAAUGAUUUAUUUUAAUUUAUUUUAACUCUCACACAUAUACACAAAACACUGAGAAAUGGAAACAUUAAUGUGUAAUUCCAUGACAAUGUGCACAAUGUCUAAUAAGUUCAAGCAGCAUAUAGUCAACAUGGAGAUUUAAAACUGACCCUAAAGUCCCCAGUUCCAUUUUAGGGACUUUGGCAGCUAUGGAAGAAACCAAAACAAUAAGAAGGACAAUAUGUCAGAGAAGGACAGUGCAGUGUAGCUUUAGUAUUUUUAUUCCACUGCAUUAAGGACUUGGAUUUAGUUCAAACUUUAUAUCAGGAACUGGAACAAGUUAGAGCAAUCCCAAACUGGAACAUCGCCUUAAAUAAAACUGCACGAAGCAAGCUGAAACUGAGCAAGGCUAUUUUAACUGAGCGAAGAUGUUGUAAAUACGUUGUUCUCAACAUAUCUAGACAAGGGUUGAAGGGUUUCUUUGAAACUGUACGCCCAUGACAUGUCUCCAUUGUUAACAAUUUGGAAUAGUCCACAUGAUACCCAGCAGCGUUGUUCACUUCAUGUGUUGGGUUGAGGAAUCGAGUGGAUUAGUUGGUGUGACGCAUUUCUACUGCCAUUUUGUGAACAAAUCAUAUUUCUGUACAUUGGAAAGGAGUUAGGGUGCAAUUGUAGUUGCAAAUUAUCCUCAAAAGCGAUUUGCCACAGGUUCCCCUAAUAUUACAGGUAGCACAGAAACAUCAAUUGGGCAAGCUCAAAACUGAGACUUACAGUUACAAGACCCAGGAUGAUUCUUAAAAAGAAAAAAAAAGCUGCAGUUUCCUUAAAAAAGGGCCUUUCUCUCCC